AAUAUUUUAGUAUCGCUAGAGCAGCGAACGAGGUAAAAGCUAACGGGAUUUUUUAAGAUGAUCAGAUUUUGGAACAAAAUUAUACUACUAGUCUGUGCUACUCCCAUAGUGACUGCGCAACUUAUUUUUCAAACUACACAAAACCCGUUGGAAAAAUCUGGAACGAUAAUAUCACACUAUGUUCCUACUUCUGAGGCAGGCUGGGUAGUGGUCAACAAUGUAAGAGUACAAGGUACUAUUACACCUUUCGUCACUCCUCCGCCAGUGACACAACAAUUUCUAGACUGCUUUGGCAGUUGUCCAACUACUCCAGAGUAUAAUCCCAUUUGUGGUAGCAACAUGCAGCUCUACUCAAAUGAACAGAAAUUCAACUGCGCGCGAUUUUGUGGUGCUGAUAUUCAAAUUGUGAGACGAGGAAGCUGUGAGGGUCUUUUUCCAAUGACACGUGGUUGACAUUACUCAUUUCUUCACUGCACAAAUAAAUCGUAAAAUCAAAACAAAAACAAAAACUAGCUUGA